AUCAUUUUUACGGCCGUCCGUUGACACACGGUAGAUUUUCGGUCGGUAGGUCUCUACUGGCAGUGGUGGAGAGUGAAGAUCAGGGGUCGUUCCGACGCAGAUGUGAGCAUGUUUCUGAGUGGGGUUCGUUCUGAAUCUGGCAUGCUCAUCCCGUCUUUUGUUUUCUAGCUUGCUGUGGAAACUGAUCCCAUAAAUAUCUUCCCAUCUCUAGCUGUGAACCCAGUCUUGCGCGGAACUCGCAAUUUCCGCCGACCCAUAAGCGGUACCGAGUGCCGCCAGUACGCACUUCGCUUCGGCAAGCAGUUGCAACGCGAAAGACCACUCCAGGACGCCUUCGGCACACAGUGUUAUUACAAAAGGAGGCCAGUUACUGUUUGAGAGGAGGCAUCUAGCUUUGGAUCGCUCACUGCCAGCGCAGGUGUAACUGGUGUACAUUGUACCGCCGUUUAGCGCAGGCUGGGAAUAAGCAGAUCGCUGAUUGUGGUAAAAGUCUCAUUUUCUCUCCCAUAUCCCACUGAGCGGCGAGCGUUGUGUCUGUUGCAAACGCUAGUACAGUGGACUGAGCGCCACCAGCAUGGCUGGAAUGAUGGAAGAGGAACUGGAGACGGAAAUCAAGGUGGUUGUUGUGGGCAAUGGUAAUGUGGGCAAGUCGAGCAUGAUACAGCGCUACUGCAAGAACAUCUUUACCAAAGACUACAAGAAAACAAUUGGCGUGGACUUUCUUGAACGACAGCUAUCGGUGGAAGGCGAGGACGUGCGCUUGAUGCUCUGGGACACAGCAGGCCAGGAGGAGUUCGACGCUAUCACGAAAUCAUACUAUCGAGGUGCUCAAGUAUGCGUUCUAGCGUUCUCCACAAUCGACCGGGACUCGUUCGAGGCCGUUGAGAAGUGGAAAGCAAAAGUAGAAGACGAGGUGGGCAGCAUCAUCAUGGUCCUUGUUCAGAACAAGAUCGACCUGAUCGACGAAGCAAAAGUCAGAACGGACGAAGCCGAGGAGCUUGCAAAAAAACUACAACUCCGCUUCUUCCGGACGUCGGUAAAGGAAAGCUACAAUGUGAAUGAAGUGUUUUUGUACUUGACGAAGCGACAUCUCCAGGAGCGCGACCGCGACUUUGUACCAGCACCUCAGCAGAGAAUAGGUCAGCCAACUGACGCUAGAGCCGAGAAUGGAUCAAGUGGCACGAAUUCAGCUGGCAAUAACACCGCCGCAGGAGGCGGCUCACGUCCCGGUGGCUUCCAGAUCAAACCGACAAAGCCAACAAAGCAGCGAACGGGUGGCAAGAAGAGCAAAAUGGAUUUCUGUGCAUUAUAGUGCCAGGCUUGCCGUGUUGACACAUCUAAAUGGAAAAGUUUAACCGUCUUGAGCACCAGAACCUCUCAAGCGGUACAGAAGGCCUCGUGUUCAUACUUCUGCUUGGACGCUCUGGACAAAAUGGACUGCAUUCGACUCGCACUCAGAAGCGUAGCUUGACUGGUCGAAUACCCUGUUCAACUACCAUUCGUCUCCUCGCAACCCAGCACACAACAACCCUUGAGAUAACGUAUAUACAUGUGUGGGACUAGUGGUGCACGGUGCUGAGUUUCGAUGAUGCAGCUCUGAGUGUGACCGCUAGCUUCUUAUCUGAGGAAGCGCUGCUUCUGCUCGGGAGAGCCGCUGAUCACUAUUUCCGAUACUGGUUUUUAUGCGAACUGUGACAUGAGCAUAUUCAAAAGAAAAUACUGGAUAUGUGCAUAGUAGGUGCAAGUCAUGUAUGAUUAUGGUCAAACACAAAAGAUUGUUAUUUUGUCGCUGGGCCUAUUCCGAAUAGCAGCCAAGAAAUGCAGUAACACAAGUAUGAUUUCAUUGUCUGAGAUCAUGCCCACUCCUCUCUUCCUUUAAUUAAUACUAGCUCAUGAUCUUACCGUUCCUCCAA